CCGAUGUUGCCGAUGUUGCCGAUGCUGUAGAUGCCGACAGCCCCGAUGCUGUCCAGGAACCUGCUGGUGCGCUCCCGCAGACACCCAGUCGCGACCUCACAAGGAAACGGAAGCGACCCUCUCUUAGCACCGAGGCUGGAACAGAGGAUUGCCCCACUCCAGUACUUCUGGAGCGCCUCUCGACCUUCUACCCAGACACGACUUUCCUCACCGAAAAGCCCGCACGGUCGUACAUCUGCAGCGACGCUCCGGUCGAUGUUGUAGAAGAGAUCAUGGAGUUCUACGAGGACUUUCCCAAGUUUAUGGGCAGCUACCGGAUCCUGGACAAGAUUGGCGAGGGAACCUUCAGCUCCGUGUACAAAGCCGUUGAUUUGAUGCACUUUCAAUACGACAACACCAGUUGGUGUCAAGAUCACAACGCCGACAGGCGAUGGCUCGCUGCUGCCUCGCGACUGAAGGACAUCUAUCCUCUUCCGCAGUUGUAUCUCGAGCGCCGCAUGUCCGAUCAACUCGCCACCACUGCCUGUGGCCUUGUUGCUGUGAAGCGAAUUUAUGCGACGAGCAGUCCAAUGCGGAUCCACAACGAAGUCCAGCUCUUGCACAAGCUCUCUGGGCAUCCCAAUGUUGCGCCGAUCAUUAAUGUUCUUCGUCAUCAAGACCAGGUCAUCCUAGUUCUUCCGUUUUUGAAGCACGACGAGUUCCGGGAUUUCUUCCUCACGCUGCCAUGUGACGAUGUCCGGGCGUAUCUCCGAGCUUUAUUCAGCGGGCUGAAGCAUAUCCACUCACACGGGGUCGUGCAUCGCGACAUCAAGCCAGCCAAUUUUUUGUACAGCGUGCAGCACAAGUCGGGAGCCAUUGUCGAUUUUGGGCUCGCCCAACCCGACGAGACGGAGAGCUUGAAGAAGUGGAUCCUGGACCCAACGGUUAACUGCGUGGCCCGGCGCGAUGUCUUGCGGAUGAAUGCGCGCCUGAGCCAGUCCAAGCACGAGUCAAAUGGAUACAUCGUCGACCCGUCCAAGCCUGCCGUCAGGGCGAACCGAGCUGGGACACGCGGCUUUCGUGCCCCUGAGGUUCUCCUCAAGGUGGUCUACCAAACGACGGCGCUGGACAUAUGGUCUGUUGGGGUGAUCAUACUGUCGUUUAUGACGGGCAUCUAUCCGUUCUUUCAGUCCAAGAGCGACGAAGAGGCACUGCUGGAGAUUGCGCUUCUCUUUGGCAAGAAGGAAAUGGCUGCGGCCGCGGCCGAGCAGCAUCGUGUCUUCACCUCCAACGUCCCUACACUCCCGGAGUCCGCACCCAGCCUCCACGCCCUCUGCUCCAAGCUGCAGCCCAAACGCUCAGAGCAAUUCCCAGAAUCGGCGUUUGACCUGCUGAGGCAAUGCCUGAUGCUCAACCCAGAAAGGCGCAUCACAGCGGCCGAUGCACUUGAGCACCCGUUUUUGAAGAUGCCCUAGGUCUCGCACACAAUCGACGACGAUGAUGAUGAUGUGCUUGCGAGUUUGCACUGUGUAUAUGAUAACCUGGCUCUACAACGCUCGCAUGACGAUGCAGGCGUGAGAUCAUGUAUUUAUGGCCCAUCGCAAUCAUUCUCCUCCCUUCUCUCUCAAUACACACUUUCGAAAUACAGUCAUCUCUGGCUCUCAGGCAUGUGCGACCGGCCGGUGCCAUCCG